AUGGCGGCAAAUACUGAACACGGUAAGUGUUGAUUUUUCUCAUUUUAUUUAAUAAAUAUUCAUGAAUGCCUUUUUAAUAUUCAUCACAAAUGAAGCUUUUUUGGUCUUGUAUUGUACUUCUCUUGGAGCAAGAUAUAAAAUAACGGAAUAUAUAAACAUUUAUUUGUCAAGAUGUGGAGCCAGAGGAAUAUGUUGUCAUUUGUCAUGAAGGGAAGGAGGUAGAAUUGGAGCUUGAAGACGAUCAGUCACUGUUGUUUAGUACUCUAAAAUCUCAAUGGUUGACGGCUACUGGACUAUUCUACAGGCCGAAUGAAGAUAUAAACAAUCGUUCGAGGGGCAUUAAGAUGACUGGCGAGAAAUUUUUACCACCAAAACAUGGCUGGGGAAAUAGAAUAUACCAUGUUGUCACAAGUGAUACAACCACUACAG